AGCUGGAUCCCACUGCCUGGUGCUCACUGCGAAGUCAAAGCACCAAGCAGACUUGGGAGCAUUUGGCAGGAACUCCCAGCUGCAGCAGCAGACUGGCUGGCAGGUAGCUGGCCCUACCAAGAUACCCGCAGAGAAAGAUGAGCAAUCAGCGGCCCCAAGCCUUGCGCCGCCAUGGGCGCGCUUCCGGGCAGCCCUCCACCCCAUUGCGCUGCAUCCUGUGCGUACCUUUAGCAGUGGUAGGUGUUCUCUCCAUUUGCGCAAUAGUUCUUUCCUUAUCAGGAAAGAACAGCAAUGCGGCUUGGUUGUCAUCUCCCACCAACCUCUCUGACAGGUCAGCGAGGUCACAACACAGGCCAGACGAGAGAUCACAGAGGCCAAAGGAGUGGUUAGAAGAGAGGUUAGAAGAGAUGUUAGAAGAGAGGGCACUGAGGUCAGAGAGGUUAGAAAGGUUGGCAGAAGUUGAGAACCAAAUCCAAUUUCUGUUUCCUGACAGAGAGAAGUCAGCGAGGUCAGAGCAGAAGUCAGAAGAGAGGUCAGUCCAAUUUCUGUUGCCUGACAAACAGAGGUCAGAGAGGUCAGAGGAGACGUCAGAGAGGAUAGAGAGGUCAGAGAGGACAGAGAGGUCAGAGAGUUCAGAGAAGAGGGCGGGGCAGAUGGUAGCGAAGCCGCAGGGGAGAGGACGAGAGGGGUUCUCCUCUGCUUCGCAGCCGGAGGUGCCAGAGCGAAAACACAAAGGAACCGUUGAGCAUAAUCAGCGUGAGGGCGGGCAACAAGUCAGCCGCCAACGUCUCAUUGGUCAACAGGUGAGCGGCCAGCGCGUCUCUGGUCAACAGGUCAGCAGCCAGCGUGUCAGUGGUCACCGUGUCAGCGAGCAUAAUGUCAGAGAAGGGCAGUCCACAUCACAGCAGGGAGCGAGGAAUCACACAGAUGAGGAGGAGAGAGACGAUGGAUUGGGUAGUUCCGGCUCCUCCCCGCCUGUAGUUUCACGACGACCAUCUUUGUCGUCUGUCAAGUCCCCGUCAGAGUCGUCAUCAUCUCACGGACGCUCUGUCUCCAAAUCUGGAAGCUCUGCGUCCAAAUCUGGGAGCUCCUCGGGCUCCAUAGGUGUGACCUCAGAGUCCAUAGCUAGUAGCUCCAACUCCAUUGCUGGGAGGUUGGAAUCCAUAGCUGGAAUGUCUAACUCCAUAGCAGGAAGGUCGGACUCCGAAACUAGGACGUCGGCCCUCGAUUCUGCCGCCAGGGCACUCAACGAGACGCUCAAGAUGUUGCGGUCACCCGCUCAACGGAGAUCACCUAUGAGUCGAAUGGAGAAGGGAGGAAAGAAGUACCUGCUGAAGGAUGCUAAAGCAGUCAUCGAAGGGGGUGGAAAUUGGAUCCUAUUGGACGUGAUUAGAACCAAGAGGAAGGCAGAAAGGGUUAAAGCCAAGGUGAUCGGAUUACUGAGGGCACCAUGGAAAAGGAAGGAACUACUAAAGAAGUCCUUGGAAGAGAUGUUGGAGAUGGAUGGCAUUGUACAUACCUUGAGGGAGAGGAGGGGAAGACAGAUUGGGAUGAAGAAGUUUGGGAUAAACCCCAGGACUAUAAUUGUUAUCAAGGUUCCUUUUAAUCCUGGAAUUAGAAAGAAAAAUAUAUACCGAGAGAUGGAGUGUUGGCUAAAGGCAAGGAUACGUCACUCUACACUGUGUAACCUGUUGGUGCAAAGAAUGAGGGUAAUUUGGGCUAAGACCCGUACGAUUGCCAACAUUCUGCACAAUCAGAAGCUCUUCUCAGGUGGGGAUACAACCUGCACAUGUGAAGACUUCCAACUGCCCCGGGUCAACGGGCAUGUCCAGGUAAGACUCAGUGAGAUCGACGGGAUCAAAAGCCUUCUGCACAACUCGAAGAACACUCCGGUACCAGGGGGCUUUGAUAGUACACAGGAAAUCAACAGGGCCUGCAACGAAGGGAUCAAACCACUAAAAAGGAUGGGUUUGAUAAAAGGGGGGGAGGCUGUAAGAAUGCGACUGCACCAAUUGGAAUGGAGGCAACCGGAAUUGCAGGAUGGGAUGGUUCUAGCUGAAUACGUCAAAGGCGUAAAACAAUCACUUAGGGGACUUGUCUUGUCGCCGGUCGAUCGUAACAAUGGGGAAACUCUGGUAGAAUGCCCCAUGCUGUAUGCAACUGGGAUGCGAACUAUGUUCAACGAGAACCCGAACUAUGAGGAGGUUGAGAAGCAAGAGAAGGAAGUCCUGCUGGAAAUGAGGGGGAAGUACAAAGAAGCUGGGAUUGGAAAAUGGGCAAACUGGGAUAACGUUGGAAGAUUGCAGGAAUCUUAUGUCAUUGCAAAAGACAAGGAUCUUUGCAAAAGAAGACCGGUAGUGCCUUCCUUUUGUAACCCAGCAAGGCAUGCGGCUGGUAUACUAAGUAAAGCGUUAAACUACAUGCUCAAGGAAGUGGGGCGGGAGCAUUUUAAUCUGCAUGGGACGCUACAGCUAAAAGAGGAAAUUGCAAAAGUAAACAAGAAAGCACACGACUUAGCCGGUAUGGACAGUAGGAUUAGUAUCAGAACCUACGACAUAAAGGAAAUGUUUACUCAGUUGCCACAUGACGAAGUGAGGGCCAGCGUACAAUGGCUGGUUAAUAGACUGCAGGAUAAAGGCCUUAGAUGGAUAAGGAUAAAAGUAAAGGGUAAAAAGGUCACUUUUGGAAAAUCGCAUGGAGAGGACGGAUGGAAGUCGGUUCGAAUGAAAGCACUGGAUGACAUCACGAGUUUUCUACUCGACAACACCUUCUUCAAAGCAGGGGGUAAGGUACUCAAACAGAUGAACGGGAUUCCAAUGGGAGGCCGAGCAAGCCUGUGUAAUGUGCGCUUUCGCUGAGUAUAAGUUCCUGAGCUCGAUGGGGGCGGACAGGCACCUUAUGCAGGGAAAUCGAUUUAUGGAUGAUUUGUUUUUGGCAACCUGGUACGACAGUUUGAAAG